AUGGCCAACCUCACCGGGCCGCUGGCCAAAUACAAUGUGGCCCAUAAGCUUUACAAAAGCUCCCUUCUAAAUUCCGUCUGUCUCGUAGCGGGGUUAUCGAUUUUCUUCUUCGGCUAUGAUCAAGGAUUGAUGGGCGGCGUCAAUACGGCGCGUGACUAUGCUGAGCGCAUGGGCUUUGGCCACUGGGAUGAAGACCAGGGUAUUGUCGUUGUCGAUAAGCCCUUGCUGCAGGGAGGCAUCGUUGCCGUGUAUUAUCUCCCGGGGACUCUCUGCGGCUGUCUCCUCGGUGGCUGGCUGGGCGACCGAUAUGGUCGUAUCAAGACGAUUGCUUUGGCAUGUGCUUGGAGCGUUUGCGCUGCUGCUCUGCAGGCUUCGGCCAUGAACUCAAACUGGAUGUUUUGCGCGCGUGUGCUUAACGGGGUUGGCACUGGAAUUUUAAAUGCGAUUACACCAGUUUGGGCAACCGAGACCGCUGCUCAUACUUCUCGUGGACAAUUCGUUUCCAUUGAGUUUACUCUGAACAUCCUUGGAGUUGUUGUCGCAUACUGGCUAGAAUUUGGCACCUCCAAAUACCACGACAACACAUCCUCAUUUAUCUGGAGAUUCCCCGUUGCCUUUCAGAUCCUUCCUCUCAUUGCGCUCUUCAUUGUCAUUUGGUUCAUGCCGGAAUCUCCGCGCUGGCUUGUCAAAGUUGGCCGUGAAGAAGAAGCUCGCUUUAUCCUAGGUCGGCUUCGCGGCAACGAAGGCGAGGACGGCAUCAAAAUGGAAGCAGAGUACCAAGAUAUCAUUAACAUUCGUAACUUGGAAGAAGAUACUUCCAAGCAGCAGGGUUACCUCCAAAUGUUUUUUGGUAUCGGUUCUGGAAAACUGCACACUGGUCGGCGCGUUCAACUUGUUAUUUGGCUUCAGAUUCUUCAAGAAUGGAUUGGUAUUGCAGGAAUUACCAUCUACGGUCCCGAAAUCUUUACCAUAGCUGGAAUUAGCUCCAAGGACAGGCUAUGGGUCAGCGGCAUCAACAACAUCACAUAUAUGUUUGCCACAUUGAUCUGCGUCUUCACCAUCGAUCGCAUCGGCCGUCGUUGGACUUUAUACUGGGGGGCAGUUGGACAGGGAAUAUGCAUGUUUGUCGCUGGUGGUCUUGCUCGAGCUACGAUCAAUGCCGAGAGCAAAAGUAGCCAGGCCCAUAUUGGCGGCGCCGCAACAUUUUUCGUAUUCCUUUAUACUGCGAUAUUUGGUGCUACUUGGCUUACUGUUCCUUGGCUCUACCCGGCCGAGAUUUUCCCCUUGCAAGUUAGAGCCAAGGGCAAUGCUUGGGGUGUUGUUGGCUGGUCCAUUGGCAAUGGCUGGUGUGUUUUGCUUCUUCCAACCAUCUUUAAGCGCCUCAACGAGAAAACUCUCUACAUAUUCGGUGCUGUCAAUGCUUUAUCCAUCCUUGUCGUCUGGGCGCUGUAUCCUGAGUCCAAUCAGCGGACGUUGGAAGAGAUGGAUCUCGUGUUUGCUAGUGAUAGUAUCUGGGCCUGGGAGGCCGAACGCAAUUUUGCCAAGCUGAAGACGGAGAAUCCUGACCUUGUUCAGAGUUCAGGACCGAAACCAGGAGUUGUAGAUGUUGAGCACGCUGUCGCAGCUAAGGAGUAA